AUGAAACUACUACUAAUGAAUGAACAGUCAAAUGUAAGUCAGCAAAAGCAAGGAGAAGACAAUAAUGAGACUGAUCAAGUAAACGCCAAGGCAUCCAAAGCCACUGAAGAACGUCCCCUAAACGAAAUAAAAGAAAUAUACCAGAAGAACAAUCGAGUAGGAUUUGGACAAGUGAGAUAUUGCUCCUGUGUUGAGGCAUACUUGUUUAAGCGAUCAUGUGGCAUCUGUGGUCUAUAUUUUGCAUCAUACAAGGCUAAUCUAAAUCAACUUAAUAAACAAAUCAACACAAGUAACAGUCAAAAAGAAGUUUUGCCCAUCGCGAAGAUACAUCCUCAAAAAAUUGCUCCUAGACGUGCCAGAGAAAUUUUUUGUUUGAGUGAUGACGAUGAUGCUGUAUGGUGGUUGGAUGCAAUACAUGUUGACCCAACAAAUGUUCCCGACAUCAACAAUCCAAACAAGAACGAAAUGUUUAACAAUAAAAAAAAAUGA